GCCGGCCCCGUCUAACGUUUCUUGCGUCACAUUUCCGCCUCGGAUACUAAACUGACCAAAGCAGAGGACUUUCUAGUCUAGAGUGUUAUUGUUGUUUAUCCGACGAAAUCACAGUUACCUGUCUCGUUGGCUUUUGCACUUCCCUGCGUGGUCAUCCUGAAAUGCCAAGGUUUCUUUGUUUGUGAUCCUGCCGUGUAGGUGAUGGUUCGAUAAAUAGAAGCCAUGGCGGAAGAGAAGGUAGUCCACUCUGGCUACCUGCUACAUCGCCCUGGAGGAGCUCUGGGUCGGUGGAAGAAAAAAAGAUACUGGUUCCAACUGGAUGAGGUGUCAUGUCAGUUGCGGCAAUACAAAUCGCAGGCCGAGCUCUGCCACACUGUGGGCACGGUGGACAUACGGGAUGCUUGCAUAUCCAUCCUGCCAGAUCACCAGAACCAUAUUCUUGUUGCGUGCCGAGGAAAAGAGCAUAUUCUGAUAGCAGAGAACCACCGGUCCAUGAUGCAGUGGCUACAGAAUCUACAGGAGGUGCGGGAUCUCUUUUCCUGCGUGAAGAGCAACCGGAACCAAGUGAAAUUGUCUCGGACGUUAACCUACAAACCGACGACUGCAUCACCGUCGAAAGGCCUGGCCAGCAGCCCCGCCUCGUCUCUCAGGCGACAGCACUCUGCUCGUGGCAAGAGCAAAAACCUUGGGGAUCUUCCCGCGUCGUUCUCGGCCUCGGUAGAAACGAACGACAGCUAUGCGGCCUUCAAGAAAAACUUGGUGGGGUCCCUGUCGAUACCCAGCAACAAGAACAGCUUCAUCUAUGAUUCCUUGGAGACCUCGCCGACCUCCAUGCGAAGUUGCAACAGUAUAGCGUCCCACAGUUCCACCGAGGAGCUGCCGACGUCAUCAGGCUGGACCAGUCCAUCAGGAGGGCAGGCCCCGACAGAUGCCAGCGACCAGUCAGAGCGUGGGGCCACCGAAGGGGAGUGUCCUGAGCCCAAGUUGGAUGGGGCGGCACUUGAAGACAGUGGCAGCAUCAAGACAUGGAGGCAGCUGGACAAAGAAGCACUGAUUGAGCAGCUGCAACAAAUGAAACAACUCAUGGAACAAAGCAAGAAGAACUUCAAGAGCCUGGAGAACCGAGAGCAGGCCUACAAGCAGAUGCUGAAGAAACGGGAGCAGGACAUCAUGCACCUGGACGAUAAGCUGGGCAUCAUGGAGCAGGCUCAUCACUUAAGAAGAGAUCUGCUGUCGCCAGAGGACAUGGACGCAGCCCAGCAGCGAAUCUUGGAUCUCCAGGACACAUGCAAGGUGUACCAGGAGCAGAACGGCUUCCUGAACACGGAGGUCCGGCGCCAGGCCAGCCUGAGACGGCGCGAGCAGGUCAAGCUGGACAUCCAGAAUAGGUUAAUAGAUGGCCUGGAGGGCCGCAUACUGCAGAGUCAACAAGACUACUUUCAGCUGCUGGGCCAAGUGAUCAAAGUCACCUCCUUGGAUCCGAAAGAUGAUAUCCCGCUGCCGUUGAGCUGGGAGGAUAAGAGGCUCAAGAGUUUCCUGGAGCUGUUCCAUGAGGCUCGACAGCAGGAUCCGUGUCUCCCGGACCCCAGAGUGGUGAUGGUGGAGGGAUACACCGACAUCUACGGCUUCCAGCAUCCAACCAAGAACCAGCCCUUGCUGCUCCACUAUCUCUGCCAGAUCUUGCAGGAUCACCUCCUGGCUGCCUCAAGGAGAUCGACAGAGCUGAACAAAAAGUGGGAAGAAUGCGCGAGCAAUGGUAACAUCUCUACCCUCAAACAGGAGGAGUUGAGGGAGCUGGUGUACGAGGGGAUACCGACAGACUACCGCAGCGAGAUCUGGUCACACCUCGUCUUACAGCGUGUCAAGCAGCUGAAAGCGGAGAAGAGUGAGGAUUACUUCCAGUGGCUGUGUAAUCGUACUGGGACGUCGUCCUCAGUUGACAAGUACCGGCGGCAGAUAGAGCUGGAUCUCUUGCGCACCAUGCCGCACAACAUCCACUUCAAUAACAAGGAUGCUGAGGGGGUGAAGCAGUUGCGGCAGAUCCUGGAGGCGUUCUGUGUCCACAACCCAACAGUGGGCUACUGUCAAGGGAUGAACUUCAUCGCUGGAACGUGCCUGCUUUUCAUGGAUGUAGAAAUGGCCUUUUGGUGCAUGGUGGCCGUGGUUGAGUCUUACUUUCCAGCCAACUACUUUGACAGCAGCCUGAUUGGUGCCCAGGCCGACCAGAACAUCCUGAAGGACAUCCUGGAAUUGAGACUACCCCGGCUCCAUGCCCACCUGGACGAUGUGGGCAUUGAGAUGUGUUCCUUCACGCUCAACUGGUUUCUGGCCAUCUUCUUUGAUGUGGUCCCCUUCACGAUGCUGCUGCGCAUCUGGGACUGUUUCCUGUUCGACGGCCUGCGAGUUCUGUUCCAGUUCUCCAUCGCUUUGCUUCAGUAUCACGAAACCUCAUUGCUGGAGAAGAAGGACAUCUUAGCUAUACUGAAAGACACCAAGUCUAUGGCCAAGCUAACGCAGGACGUUCAAGCCAUAGUCAAUCUUGUCAGGGAGAGCAACGACAGUUUCCCGUCCUCGGCCUGGAUCCAGCAGAAGCAGCAGCACUACAUGAGCGUCCUGCGCGCCGUCUACGAGCAGCAGGAGAAGGCCAGGGAGGAGUUUGAGAAGCAGGAGGGCCUGGCGCCCGCCAUGCCCGUGUUCCAGCGCGAAGGGGAGGACGCCCUGGUGAACGACCUGAAGAUGGACUGCGCAGUGGAGUGCUAUUCAGGUCAUUUACUUGUUUGCAGAGGGGAGUUGAGGCAAGGCUGGGUCGGGCGAGUGAACAUCAGCAAGUGCAUCAAACAGAACUACGGAAUAAGGCUGGACAACCGCAUUGUAUGCCUGACAAUGGCUGGCAUAGACAUGGCACUUUUAGGGACUGUCUCCAAUUUCUUGUACGCAUUCAGUAUUGGGACACAGGAGGAGCUGUGGUUCGAGAGGUUAAGAGAUACUCCGCUGAGUAUUGUCCACGAUCAGCAAACAAGGAAUGUUUACAUUGGAUUAGCGGAUGGAACAAUGGCCGUCAUAGAGGGUGUCAGUCACGCCAGCCCUCGCGACAUCUUCUAUCACGGCAUCGGCGCCGGCCCAGUACGCAGUGUGCUGUACCUCCCCGAGCUGGACCAGAUCUGGUGCGCUUGCGGCAACGCUGUGAACAUCCUCGACAAUUCCUUGAAUGUCACUGACGGGUUUGAGAUCUCCAAGUGCCCGGACAUCCACAUCUCGGGGCUUUACCGCAGCGACCACGGCGUGUGGGUCACAGUCCGGGGCUCGGCAAUCGUCAUGCUGUGGGACCCCAGACAGCUGCAGUGUCUUCUGCUUCAUGACACAUCCAUGGACCAAACCCCAAUCCAUACAAAGCCUCAUGAGAACCACGCCAGGUCCAAGAUCACCUCACUUCUCCCAUAUGAAAACACCUUAUGGGUGGGCACUGCUGAUGGACACUUGACCAUCUACAAGAUUGACAAAGCAUCUAUGCCUAAAUCUGGUAUGACUCUUGAAAAUGGAGACCACAACAGUGCUGGCGAAUCGGAAGGAUCGGACAAAGGUUUGAAGGAAAAGAGUGAGAAGGAACAACCAGAGGCUGAGACGUUAGAGACUGCCAGAGGAGAGGUGGACGGUGGUGGUGAUGGGGAUGAGGAUGAUGAAGAGAUGAAACCCCAAGACACCUCCUCGCAGACGCUGAAAGAGUUUGUCAUCGUGGAAAGUUCCGAGGGGUUGCCCGAGUCGCAGCCGGGCAGCGACACUGACACAAAGUCCAAAAAUCACCUGCCUCAUCUUGCCAAACUGCAGGACACAGUUGGAACAGUCACAAGCAGUGAUGACGAGCACAGGUCCAAGCCCAAGCCGGGCCCCAGCAAGGCAGUCCGCAAACACCGCAAAGGGAGUCGCAAGGGGGGUUACAAGGGGGGACCCAGAGACAGCCCCCGGGCACUGCGCAAGGUGUGGCAGACCCGGCAGAAGUCGUCGGCGUCGUCCGCUGAGCGGCCGGAACCGGAGCUCCUGUCUCCCCGCACCUCCAAGACCAUGGAGAAGGUCCAGUCUGUCUUCGGGAAGUUCAGCCUGGGCACCACCCCGAAGUCCAAGCAGUACCGCUACAGCCGGGAGCUGCGGGACGAGACGAGACGUGGGUCGCGGAUCUGCGUGACCGAUGCCACUGAGCCCAGCACCUCCGCCAUGUCCCUGAUGUCGCUGGUGGAUGCCGAGUCCACAGUGCUGCGACCACCGUCAGUCUUGUCCAGAGACUCGCUCAGUGAAGUCUACGCGCAGUACGCAUCCCGACCCAGACCGCCACUGUUCGAUGCGUCCGAGAUAGAGGUCCGUCCUGGAUAUGAACUGAAUAUUGAAGCCAAGAGAAAGAUUUCAGAUCAUCAGGUCCGCUGUCUGGUACUGACAAGUUUGGAAGACGGCAAUCCCGCCAUUGUCAGCUGUGCUGGUUUCUAUGGCGACGACGAGUCCAUGCUUCGGUGGACGUGCCACACGCGAGAGAAUGUGUGGAUGCAAGUUCCCAUUGAAGACACAACAACGUGAACCAUAUACUUGUGUGCCCAGUCUAAAAAACUUCCAAACCCUUCAAUAGUUGAUUGCCCGAGCGCAUUUGUUCAAAGGGAUACAACCCAGAAAAUAAUAGAACCCUUCAAUUGGCAAAAAUCUGUACGGUUCGGUAGGUUAAGGAGCGUGCGUUCCACCCAACUGUUGCUGUUGCAGUUUGUGUUCGAAAUUAAGAGCAACUGCCGCACCGUGAGUGUGUUCGUGGCAUGCUUAAUUCAAUUAAGUUGCAGGGCAGAGAAGACCUCCAGUUAUUUUGUAAUGUCCCUGACAAAUGGAGUUGACAAUAGGAAAUUUAAUAAUGUACAUGGGUAAUUCCAGAAAUUAAGGGUCCAAAUGUGUGACAUUUAGUGUCCCUUCCACGUCUGUCCUUUUUUUAUUUGACAUUGAAGCAUCACUGGAAUUGAUUUCAAACUAUUACUAUAUGUUUGGAAGGUCAUUUGCUCUAAUUCAUCACUCUUGGAAAUUAGAAAAUGUCUUCUGAACUUACAAAAUCAUGUUAGAUGUAACAGGGACAUGAAAAAA